AUGAGCGGAACCGGCCCCGAACCGGAGCCGCUCAAGUGGUGCGCCUGGAUCGCCGUCUACUGCUCCUUCAUCAGCUUCGCCAACUCGCGCAGCUCGGAGGACACCAAGCAGAUGAUGAGCAGCUUCAUGCUCUCCAUCUCGGCCGUGGUCAUGUCCUACCUGCAGAACCCGCAGCCCAUGUCCCCGCCGUGGUGACGCCGGGGGCCCGCACGGACACCGCAUCGCUCCCGUUCCUGUUCCCGGUGCGCGUGUUCGGCCCGGUUCAGGGCUGGUUCCGAUACAGGCAGGAGCAACUGCCGCCGCCUUGAGAAUUCCCUUUAUCCCAGCGCGCCGAGGCGAAUGCCGGCGUUUCCAGGACACCGGAGUAUUCCCCUGGGUCUAUGGAUUAUCCGACACGCGCGGCCGAUGCCCUGGGGAGGCCGCAAGGACGYGGCCGGAGCUGCUGCGAUGGCG